AUGAACGAGGAUGACCAAAUUCAGCAGGAGAUUUCUGCUCUCGGUGAUGAUAUCAUAAAUAUAGAGACAGAACUAGAGCAACUAAGUAAUAAUGAAUCGCUUUUGCGACAAGAGGUGACAAAAUUGGAACAACUUGAAGCUGAGCAAACUCAACCACCUGUAGAUGGGCCUCACGAUGAAGUGCUUAUGAUCAAGCACACCUACUUUGACCCAUCCAUAUCUCACUUUUUUGAAACCACAGAAGAAACGUCUUCGACGUCGUCAUCGUCACAGUUGCAAUUGAUAAAUCAGCGUAUUAUGGAAUCUACCGACGUGAAAGAAAACAUCAUGUAUGAAAAUAUCCUACGCAUGAGUGGAAUUACAGCGUUUCCCAUUAAUAAUAAACAUUUGUUCCCCAAUGAUGAAAUUCUAGGUGUACGGUUUGAUAUCUUCUCAUACAAAAGCAAGUCAUAUAAGCAGCCUCAUUAUGUGAUUUUAUUGAAGAGAAAAGACAAGAGUGAUACGCCGUAUUGGAGCGUUUAUAAAACCACUUUGCCGAUGUAUGCGCCUUUGAAUGAGUAUCAACAGGAGCUACAACAGACGAGUGAUUUAGACAAGUUUGUCACGAGGAUACACAUGUACAUUGCCAAGGAUAACGAAAAGAGAGGGGUAUGA